CUCUGAGUUGGCAUCGAUGUGGUAUACUGAUCUUCCAAAUCCACAAAUAAUUCGCCAUGGAAUCAUUUUCCUCUGCAAUGUCGUACGCUCCUGGCUCAGAACAUGCCCACCCCAGCGGUUCUGAAUCGAGCCAGCAAGUAGCUGUCGCCAGCUAUCCUCCCACUCGAGAUGAUUGGGACCGGCACCGACCUCUCAUUAAGCAGCUGUAUUUGGAAGAGAACAAAAAGCUCAAAGAAGUAAUGGACAUAAUGAAGCAACAUGGUUUCAAGGCUACCACAAAGAUGUACAAAGAUCGAAUCACGAAAUGGGGAUUGGACAAGAAGAACAAAGAGCGAGAUAUGCUUGCAAUUGUUCGCAAGAAGCGAGAACGCGAUGCUAUCGGAAAGGACACAUCGUUUCGGGUACGAGACCAGCCAGUCAGCAUGGAACAGGUCUGGAAUUAUCUUGAACGAAAGAAAACGAUUAGAAUUCAGGAAGGAUCUGCGCCUCUCACGCCUCCAGAGAUUUCAUGGAGGACGCCAUCGCCGAUUCCUCAAUCAGCCCAUUCGGAUCAUCACGCAACGUCCACAGAAAACUACCCUUCAGACACCCUACCGGACACGGUCGUGCCAUCAGCUGCACAUGGGGAUGGCGAUUCAGUUAUUGUAGGAGUCCAUCGACCAACGACUCCAUUACCACUAUUUUCAUUCAGUGAGGAUACUGCUCAAAAGACCUUAGAAGCUAUGUACUACCUCAUCUCAGACGCUUCUCCAGUAAACCGUCCACUCUCAACACCGCACAUUCUUCCCGUACCCGAAAGACUUCUUUUCAGUAUCAAGUCCUACAUACAAGGCUCCUUCGAGAACGAGACCUGGAUAGACAGGAGUGGAAGGUGUAUCAAUACCUUCGUACACUGUGAGAUACUCUCCAAUGCUCUUUACACCUUCCAUAAUUACUACAGUACAGCUGUCAGGCUCGCCGAUGAAAGAUCAUACGACGAGUUUCGCAGGGUCCUCUCGAAAGCUUUCGCGAUAAUCGGUGACAUUCUUCGAAUCCAACAUACCAGAACUUUGGACUGCUUUCUUGAAGUUUUCUUAGAUAUGAUACAGAGAGGGCACCUGGAGCUGGUCAGCUUACUAGUUCAUCAUAUACAUGAAAUGUCUAAAACAAUUUUGUUGGUAGAACAUCCGCUGCGACAAAUCUGCCAAUCCCUUGCCAUACUUGAUAAAGAUCAUUUUAGGCAAGCAAUUAUUGAGAGCUGGAAAUGCACGAGUGAUGGCUUUGAACGACGGCUCGGAUUUUUUCAUUCUGACAGUCUUGACAUUCACCUCUAUUUCGUGAGUGCUACCUACGGACCGAACGCCCCUCUCGAGGAGGAGAGACUCCUUCGACAAAUCCAUGCGAAGUUUGUAGAGGAGUCAUGGUUGCGUACACCACAGAUGAUGAGAAUAAAUCUCUUUUCAGGAUUUGCAAUGCAGAGGCAAAGACGAUACUCUGAAGCCGAGGCGCUGGGGAACGACAUUUUGUUGAUAGCAGAAGAUACAGAAAGUUUGAUGGACAAACUCGAUGCGCUGGAACUCGAUGCGCUGGAACUCGUUGCAUCUAGCCAAUACUACAAGACAAGAGGCUCUUGGCGGAGAAGAAUCUUUGGAAUGUUAUUGAAAUGGUUAGCAAUAAGUUUGGAAGAGUAAACUCUCGCGCUAUCGCUUGCAUGGCUCGGCUAGAAGUAUGGUUGCGUGCAUGGGGGCGUGAGGAGGAAGCAGAUGAGUUGAAAGCAGAUAGAGGCAACCGCCUCGGGCCUGAUGACGUUGAGUAUUAGACUUAGAACAAUGAAAUGUAUGAAUGGCG